AUAUCAGCAAAAAUGGAGGUGCUCAAAUCAACCACUGUUACACUCUCUUUUAUUAGCUCUCUUUCGUCCGUGAUUCAUUGAAUUAGGGUUAGGGUUUCCAAAUCGUCGUUUAAGGACAGUCAAAUGGAGGCAACAAAUGAAGUAUCAGAGGGUUUGUUAGACAAGAUUCGACCACCGCGUCUCGAGGACGCCGGCCUCGAAGACUGUGCACUACCGCCUGAUUCCAUAAAAGAGGCCUUCCUCAAAGCCGCGACCGCCGUCGGCUCACGCGCCGCCUCUAUCUUCUCCGCCUCCGACGAGGAUGAUUGCAUCAACGAUCCAUGGCCAACCACUAAAGAAUCAUCGGACGUUCUGGUCGGAAUCGAGCCCGGUGCUGACCCACCGGGUCCCUGCGCCACCGAGAAGGGCGGUGGAUUGCCGGAGGUGACCGGAGACGAGGUGGUAGUUGGUGGUGCUGAUGCUUCGGAUACGGGUGAUAAGGUGGUGGGACCUGAUGUUGCGGAAGGAGGAGAGGAGGCUUGUGUCGAUGGAUUAGAAGGUUUGAAGAUCGGUGAGAAGGGCAAUGGGGACAAGGAUGAGAAAUUGAAGAAGGGUGGAGAUGCGGAAGAGAAAGAAAAAGAAGGUGAAAGACCCAUCUUAGUUGAAACUUAUAUAUGAAUUGAAAAAAGAAAAAACCAUAGUUUUACAUGUACAUAAUGUUGUUGUGUUGUGGGGGUAUGUUGACUAGUUUGGCAAAGUUUUUGUUCAAGCUGAAAUGAAAUAUUAUGCUACAUUUUUACUCGAA